UCUGAUAAAAGUUUUGCGCAUGGAUGUAACGUGCAGCAGCAUCUUUUCAAGAUCAGAGUAUAUUCAAGAGACAGCAUUUUCGAAAUAUAUAUUUUUUUACCUUAAAGUGCGUAUUAAUUGAUUUGUUACUUUUCCGAAAGAAAACACAGAUGCAAUAAGUUGAGAAUGACUUACAUUAUGUUUAAGUACCUUGCCUUGGCGGUCUUUAUUUGCGGGCAUAAUGUCCUGACUGAGCCGCGCGUUGAGGGGGACCAAGAGGAUUUCGAUUCCAUGGAAAGUGACAGCGCUUCAACCCUGUCCUUUGUGUUCGAUGUUACCGGCUCAAUGUAUGACGACCUGAAACAGGUGAUAGAGGGCGCUUCUCGGAUCCUAGAAAAGACCCUUAACCGGAGGACAAGACCUAUCAAAAACUUUGUUCUAGUUCCAUUUCAUGAUCCAGACAUUGGCCCAGUCUCCAUAACCACUGACCCAAAGAAAUUCCAGCAGGAUCUGCAGGAGCUGUUUGUCCAGGGAGGUGGAGACUGUCCAGAGAUGAGUAUAGGAGCCAUAAAGAAAGCACUAGAAGUUUCUUUACCAGGCUCCUUUAUCUACGUGUUUACUGAUGCCAGGGCUAAGGAUUACCGCCUAAAGCGGGAUGUGCUUCAGCUCGUGCAGCUCAGACAAUCACAGGUUGUGUUUGUGCUGACUGGGGACUGCGGAGACCGCUCUCAGCCUGGGUACAGAGCCUAUGAGGAGAUUGCUGCCACCAGCUCUGGACAGAUAUUUCACCUGGACAAGCAGCAGGUCAAUGAGGUGUUGAAGUGGGUGGAGGAGACAGUUCAGGCCCUGAAGGUCCACCUGCUGUCCUCCAACCAUGAUAGCGCACAGGAGAACCAGUGGGAAGUCCCCUUUGACCCCAGCCUGAAGGAGGUCACUGUGUCACUGAGUGGUCCAGCCCCUCAGAUUGAGCUCAGGGAUCCCCUUGGUCGCAUUGUUGGAGUGGAGCAGGGCCUCACAGAACUGCUGAAUAUCCCAAACUCAGCACGCGUUGUGAACCUCAAGUUUCCCCGACCUGGAGCCUGGACACUGAAGGUGGGCUGUGGUGGCCGUCACACUCUGAGAGUCACAGGUGUCAGUAAUCUGGACUUCCGCGCUGGGUUCUCCAGUACACCCGUGUCUGAGUUCAACCGUACCAGAGAGAGACCCAUCAAAGGAGUACCGGCCCAUUUGUUGCUGAAGUGUACUGGGCUGAAGCCCCCAGGUCAGCUGAGUCACGUAGAAUUAGUGUCAGGUUCUGGACGCUCUCUGCGCACCGUGCCCGUGCCGCUGCCAUCUGACGGGGGCAGCAGGGGACUCUGGAGUGUCCCAGAAAUACGCACUACCUCCCAGAGUUUCUUCCUCAGGGUGACUGGAAAGGAUAAGGAAGGUUACCGCUUCCAGAGGUUGUCCAGUGUCUCUUACACGAACAUCAUCCCGGAUCCCCCAGCGGUAACCAUGCCCGAUACGGUGAACGCUUUUUACAUGCAGCCGGCUACAAUUGGCUGUUUUGUAGAGAGUGACAUUCCCUAUCAGCUGAGGUUCACCAGGAGUGGAUUGGCUCUUGGGGAGGAGAAGUUGUUCCAGUUCUCUGGCAAAGCAUCGUGGGAAAUUCCGCAUGCCUCUGGGGAGGACGAGGGUCUAUAUGAAUGUAUCGCUCAGAGCAGCGCAGGACUGGGACGAGCCCUGACACACCUAACUGUGAGGGAGCCUCCUCCAAUGCUGAAGGCCCCUGUGAACGUGAGCUCCGCCGUGGGCUCUGUGGCUGUGCUGGCCUGCCAGGUGGAGGGCUCCAUGCGCCACAACCUGACGUGGGAGCGGUCUGGCCUCGCUAUUGAAGCCCGCUCCGGCAGGGUCAAAGUCCUGCCCGACUCCUCCCUGGAGAUCAGCGGCGUGCAACCCCAGGAUGCCGGCCGGUACCACUGUGUGGCCACCAACGCUCAGGGAAACAGCAGAGUCGCUGUGUGGCUGCUUGUCCCAGAGGCCCCUUCUGUGGUAGUUAGCCCCCAGAGCCAGGCUUUCUCCAGGGGGUCUGAUGUCCACCUCGUCUGCACAGCGUCCGGCUCGCCCACUCCACAGCUGUUCUGGAGUCAUGGAAACAUCUUCCUCACUAAUCGGCCAAGGAUUACCAUAUCCAAACAUGGACACCUAACAAUCAGAGAAGCUCUUCGCGAAGAUGCUGGUAACUACACGUGCCUGGCGACCAAUGAGGCUGGAACUGCAAAACAGACUGUGUCUCUCAAUUAUGCAGAGGAACCCAGUAUCUGGGCGGUAAAGGAAGUUGUAAUGGUUACUGUCGGGGAAGAUGCGACUCUGGAGUGCCGUACAACAGGUGUCCCUCCUCCUCUGGUCAAAUGGUCCAAAGGUGAUCUGCAGGUGGGCUCGGGUCCUUUUGCUGAGCAAGUCACUGAGCAUCAAGGGAAACUGCAAAUCCGAGGAGUGCAGGAGGUUCAUGCGGGGGAGUACAGAUGUGUGGCCAGGAACCCGGCUGGAGCCUCCACUGCCAUCGUCAUCCUGGAGGUCGGAGCGGCCCCAGUCUUCACAGAAACCCCUGUGGACGUGACGGCGGAUGUGGGGGAGAAGGUGUCGCUGCCCUGUGCUGCCCGUGGUUUCCCGUUGCCUACAGUUACUUGGCACAGAGAGGAGGGAAGACCGAUCAUCACUAAAGCAGACAGCAAUAGUGGCAUUGUGCGACUAGACGCAGGGCAUCUCCUCAUCCACAGUGUCUGGUUGGAUGAUGAGGGUCUUUAUGUCUGUGAGGCCAAGAAUCAGUUUGGAACCAUCAGGUCUGAGGCCAGAGUCACUGUUGGUGGACUGGAGCCUCCACUUUUGGCUAAUGGUACCCCAAUAAUCACCACUGGGAUUGGUCAAUCCCUGAGCAUACCGUGCAUGCUAUUGGAUGGAAUACCCCUGCCAGAGAGAAACUGGACUCACAAUGGAAACAAACUGCAGCUGAGUAGCAGGGUGUUGCUGAGGAGCGAUGGCAGUUUAUACAUUGCAAGGGCACUCCCGGAGGAUGCUGGGACAUACGUUUGCACUGCAGUGAAUAUAGCAGGGUCGGUCAACAUAUCAGUCAGCCUAGAAGUCCAUGUGCCCCCAGAGAUCAGUGCUGGUCCAUACCACUACGUAGCGAAUGAAGGCGUAGCCAUCACCCUGUCAUGUGAGUCCAGGGGAGUUCCCAAGCCGACUGUGGCCUGGUCCAAGGGAAGGAAGCCCUUGCCCAGGGAAAGGCAAUCCCUCCUAUCAGACACUGAUGGUUCCCUCCACAUCCUCAACCCUACUGCGGAGGAUGCAGGAAUAUACACAUGCACAGCCACCAGUGCAACGGGCUAUGCCAGCUAUGAGAUCCAGCUGAGUGUCAACACCAAGCCUAAAAUCGUUGGUGUGAGCGGUCGGGAGAAGACGAUGAAGAUGGCUGCUGAGGUGGGCUCUGAGGUCAUCCUCCCCUGUGAAGUCCAGGGCAGUCCCUCUCCCCUGGUCACAUGGAGAAGGAAUGGUCAGCCCAUCCCUCCGGUCACUGCCUGGUUCACCGUGCUUCCUUCCGGCUCUCUGAAGAUCACUGAUGUGCGACUGAUUGAUAGUAAACUUUACACCUGCUUGGCUGAAAACCCGGCAGGCAACGUCUCCGUCAACUACAAGUUACACGUACAAGCUAAGCCCAAGAUCCAGGCGGCUCCUUCCCAGCUGAAGGCUCUGAUAGGCCAGACAGUGAUUCUGCCAUGUGUGGUGCAGGGGGAGCCCAGCCCUGACAUCAGUUGGUUCCACAAUGGACUUCCUGUGACUCUCAGGGACACUGCAGCCCUCAGGAUAGACAGGGCCAGACUCACUGACCAGGGCACCUACAACUGUGUGGCCAACAACACGGCUGGACAGGACUCCAUGGAGAUCAGAUUGGAGGUGUUAGAGGCCCCUUCCUUUGCUGAAGCUGGAGAUGCCAUCAUGGAGAAAGUAGCUAACAGCAACAUUACUAUCCCCUGCCCUGCUGAAGGGUCGCCCCGUCCGAAGGUACGCUGGUUCAAGAAUGGCCUGGAAAUAGAUCCUGACCAAUCAGAGCUCUCUGUGGCCCCUGACGGCUCACUUGUGAUUGGCUCAGCAUCUGCCAGUCACAGCGGGGACUUUAAGUGUGUGGCCAGUAAUGAUGCAGGCUCUGUUGAGCGGAAGACCCGGCUGAAAGUAAAUGUACUCCCUGAGAUCCAAGAUGAUGGACAGCCCCUGAACCUAACUGUUACCCUGAAGCAGCCCCUCACUCUGGGCUGUGAUGCAUUUGGAAUCCCCUCACCUACAAUUACCUGGACUAAAGAUGGACAGAAUGUAAUGGACACUCCUGGAGUGUACCUAGAGAAUGGGAAGAGACUUUUGAGAAUCUAUCGAGUCCAAACAGAUCACGGAGGCCAGUUCACCUGCACCGCUAGUAAUACGGCUGGGCAGACCCGAAGGGACUACAACAUUAUGGUACAAGCCCCACCAGUAAUCUCUGGGACAUCCAGAGUGCAAGACCUUUCAGUGGUGGCAGGACAGGAGGUGGAGUUCCAAUGUCGGGUCAGUGGCCGCCCAGCCCCCAAUGUGGAAUGGAGCCGGGAUGGAGAGGUGCUGUCGAAGGAUGGGGACCCCCAUGUGGAGUUUCAAGACCAGGACCAGGUGAUGAAGGUGAAGGCGGCCCGGCUGAGGGACCAGGGAGUGUACCAGUGCCUGGCCAGUAACAGCGCUGGGACACAAAUGCGCCAGUUCAGACUCACUGUGCAAGCUCCCCCCACCAUCAGAGGCUCCAGUGAGACCUCAGAGGUGUCUGUGGUGUUAGGCUUCUCCACGGUUCUGCCCUGUGAUGUAGACGGCUCUCCCAUGCCCAGUAUCACCUGGCUGAAGGACAACAAGCCCAUUGUGUCUAGUGCCGAGCUCACCUACACUCGGGCUGGGCAAGCACUGCGGCUGGGUUCGGCACACGGAGAAAGCGCUGGUCUCUACACCUGCAGAGCGUCAAACCCUGCAGGCAUCGCUCUCAAACAUUACUCACUCAAUGUGCUGGUUCCACCACAGAUUGAAGGGGAGUCUACCUCUCUGAGUUUCGGUGGCCGAGAGGAGAAGGUCCGGAUCAAUAGCUCAGUAACCCUGUCCUGUUUGGCUAAAGGCUUCCCCGAACCCAAGACCCAGUGGUUUAAAGAUGGCAAGUUGCUGAGUAGGAUGUCUCACAUUGGUGUCCGUGAGGAUGGUCACCUCCUUCACAUAGACCACGCCAUGCUCUCCCAUGAGGGCCAAUACACCUGCGUCGUCACCAACACUGCAGGAGAGGACAAAAGAGAUUUCCAUGUCACAGUUCAGGUUCCUCCCGUCUUCCAUCGAGUGAAUAAUGGUGCACAGGCCUGGGGUCUGGGAGAGGAGGAGGAGGGAGGGGACAGAGAAGAUGAGAUGACAGAGAAGAGGGAGGUCGUCCUCGGGCAUCCUGUCAGCCUGUCCUGUGAGAGUAACGCCAUCCCCCCACCCCAUCUCAGCUGGUACCGAGAGGGACGCAAACUCUCCACUGCUGACGGAGUGGUGCUGCUGCCAGGUGGGCAGGUGCUUCAGAUUCCCCAGAUUCAGCGGGAGGAUGCUGGGAAAUAUACGUGUCAAGCGGUGAACGAAGCAGGAGAGGACCGCAUGCACUUUGACCUGGAGGUGCUGGUACCCCCGGUGAUAACUGGCCAGUUGGACGAGUUCAUGAAAGAGAUAGCAGCAGUGGUAAAUAGUACGGUGGCUCUCCACUGUGAUGUGAUGGGUCACCCAGAACCAGUCAUUUCCUGGCUGAGGGAUGGUACACCACUGCGCUCCGGACAACACCAUAGCAUCAGUGAGGAUGGGAGACAACUGCAGAUCCUCAGUGUGCAGGUGUCAGACAUGGCUGGCUACCUUUGUGUGGCUGAAAACAAGGUUGGAGAGGUAGAGAAGCUCUUCAGCCUAACAGUGCAAGUGCCUCCUAGGAUGGUGGCUGGCAGGGAAGAGGAGGUGAGUGUGAUUGAGGGUCACAUGGUGUCUCUGAUGUGUGACGUCCAGGCGUACCCUCCUCCCGAUAUCAUAUGGACCAGAGACGGACAGGUCCUCCAGUUUAGCACAGGCGUCCACAUCUUGCCAGGAGGUCAGAUGCUACAGCUGCCUCGGGCCAGACUUGAGGAUGCAGGGCAGUAUGUGUGCACUGCCACAAACUCAGCAGGCCAGGCCCAGAAGAGCAUCCAGCUCAGCGUCUACGUCAUGCCAACCCUGAAGCCCCGCAUUGACUCUGAGUCCGAGGUUGUUACCGCUCAGCUCGGGUCGUCUGUCGGACUACGCUGUGAAGCUCGGGGCGUUCCAGCACCCGAGGUCACAUGGUACAAGAACGGGCUGCAACUGGUAGCUGGGAAUGGACUGAAGGUGGAGGAGCACCAGCUGGAGAUCAUGGGAGUUCAGGUGUCUGACAGUGGAAUCUACACCUGCAAGGUGUUCAAUCUGGCUGGACAGGUGGACAGGACCUUCCGCUUGGCUGUUCAUGUUCCCCCUGUCUUAGAUGGACCUCUUCAUGAGUCCCUUACCCAGAACGUGGGCUCCCAUGUCACUUUGCUAUGUGAACCUACGGGGGUCCCAGUACCCAGCAUCACCUGGCUGAAGGAUGGCACUCCGAUUGAGGGCAGUGUGCAGUGGAAGUGGUCGAUACGAGGUAAGAGGCUGGAGCUGGGGCCUCUCGCCCUCUCUCACGCAGGGACCUACACCUGUAUGGCCGAAAACAGCGAAGGAGAGACCCGGAAGGACUAUGAUCUCACAGUGCAAGUGUCACCCACUAUCUUGGAAUCUGGCCACCAGUCAGAAAUUAGUGCAGCGAUGGGCGAUGAGGUGACUCUGGAGUGCAGGGUGACAGGGACACCUGCACCCCAACUUAGCUGGUUGAAGGACGGAGCCAAUCUGGAGGACUCAGACAUCCAACACAUAGAUAUGGCCCCCGAUGGGAGCACAUUAACCCUGCGGAAGCUGAGGCCUGAGGACUCUGGGUCAUACACCUGUCUGGCUGUCAGCCCUGCUGGCCAGGAGAGCAAGAUCUACGUCCUGUUUGUACUCGUGCCCCCCUCUAUCUCGGGUGAGACCAGUGCCCCCAGAGAGGUGCAGACCAUCCAGGACAGUGUGGUAACCCUGGAGUGUCAGGCAGCCGGUAACCCUUCACCUCAGAUCAGCUGGCUCAGGAAUGGACGCCCUCUGCAGCUCUCACCGCGUACCCGCCUCCUUUCUGCAGAUACUGUCCUCAGGAUCUCUCCGGUGAAGUUGUCAGACUCUGGGAUCUACACAUGUGUGGCACGUAGCCGCGCUGGCCUUGCCGAGCUCAACUAUGAUUUACAGGUUCAAGCGCCUCCAGGCGUGGACCACGUCGAGCCCGUCGAGCCAGUCACAGUGGUGCGGGGCUCCUUGGUGACGCUGACCUGUGAGGCGCGGGGUGUCCCCCCUCCCUCCCUGACGUGGCUGAAGGACGGCCAACCCCUGUCCCUGCACCGCAACCUGCUGCUGGACGGCCGGGAGACGCGCCUCCAGCUGCAUGAGGUGGGGCUCCCCGACAGUGGCCUCUACAGCUGUGUGGCCAGCAACCAGGCUGGCAGCAGCACCAAGAGCUUCAACCUCACCGUGUUAGAACCUCCGAAAAUCUCAAUGUCCAGUUCUCCAGAGGAGUUGAUGGUGGCUGUGAACACUGCCCUGGAGUUGGAGUGUGUUGCAGAGGGGGUCCCCCCUCCUAUCCUCAGCUGGCUCAAGGAUGGGCGCCCCCUACAGGAAGAUAGUCAGUUAGUGCAGGAGGAUGGACAUGUUCUGAGGAUUGCCAAUGUGCAAGUGGAGGAUUCUGGUCUCUACACCUGCCUGGCUAGCAGCCCAGCAGGUGAAGAUGGAAGGAACCACUGGGUCCGUGUUCAAGUACCUCCAACUGUUCAUGGUUCUAAUGAGGUCAGAACCUUGUCGGUCCCGGCCAAAGGACAUCUGACUCUGGAGUGUCAGGCUGACAGUGACCCGGCACCUGACAUAGAGUGGUUCAAAGACGACAUGAAACUACAGCUGGAGGGUCGUAUCCAGAGUCUGGCAGGCGGUCAGUAUCUGGAGAUCCAGGAUGUCAGAGCUGAAGACAGUGGCCAGUACAGCUGUGUGGUCACCAACAUGGCCGGAAGCACAAGCCUCUUCUACACUGUGGAGAUCCACUUGCCACCCGUCAUCAGAGAGAGCAGCUCUGUGGUCACUGCUCAUAUCAAUCAGGAUGCAGUCCUGCUCUGUGAGGUAGAGGGGUACACUUCGCCUACAGUCCUGUGGAGAAAAGAUGGUAUCCCUAUAGGUCCAGCGAAUAACAAGUACAGCAUACUGCCAGAAGGCUCUCUGCAUAUUAAGGCUGUUCAGCUGGUUGAUUCUGGCAACUAUUACUGCACGGUGUCCAAUCAGGCCGGUUCAGAUCAACGUGGGAUGGAGCUGCGUGUGUUUGUGGGUCCCACGAUUAGCCCUGGUCCCUUCAAUGUGACAGUGACUACAGGGGUAAGAGCGGUGCUGAGCUGUGAGACCACAGGUUUACCUGUCCCUAAGGUAACCUGGAAGAGAAAUGGCACUCCGCUCGACACCAACCAGCAGCCUGACACCUACAGGUUACUCUCCUCUGGAUCUCUGGUCAUUUCCUAUCCAUCCAGUCAGGAUGAGGGAUACUUUGAAUGCACAGCGACGAAUGAGGUUGGAGAGGAACGCAGAGUCAUAGAAGUCAUCUUACAAGUUCCGCCCACCAUUGAAGACGAUGUCACAGCAGUCACGGCUAUUAAACUGGCCCCUGUGGUGAUGCCGUGCCAUGCCCACGGCCGCCCGGAGCCCACCAUCAGCUGGACCAAGAGUGGAGCUCAGCUGGGCGCCCGGGGAGGGAGUUACCGGGUCCUGCCGACAGGAGUCCUGGAGAUCACAGCUACUACCCCCAGUCAUGCAGGGAGGUAUACCUGCUCUGCCCGGAACCCGGCAGGGGUGGCCCACAAACACAUCACCCUGACAGUGCAAGAGCCCCCUGAGAUCAGUGCCAUGACAGAGGAAGUACACGUUGUGUUGCAUCACGGGACGGUUCUGCCAUGCAAUGCGCAAGGUUUCCCCCGACCAUCAAUCACUUGGCAACGAGAGGGCGUUCCCAUAUCAACUGGUCACAGGCUGGCUCUCUUAUCAAACGGAGCUCUGAAGUUCUCUCGAGUAACACUGGGUGACGCGGGCACUUACCAGUGCCUGGCGCAGAACGACGCUGGCACGGCAAUAGGAAGGACACGGCUAGUGCUGCAAGUUCCCCCGGUGCUGAAUGUCCCGCGUGUGGAGUACACAGCUGUGCUGGGCCAGCCGGUGAACCUGGCGUGUGUGGCGGAUGGUCAGCCCCAGCCGGAGGUGUCCUGGCACAGAGAACGCAGGCCCGUCACGGAGGGGGCGCACAUACAGCUCUUUGCCAACGGCACACUGAGGAUCGCGGCCACUCAGCGCAGCGAUGCCGGCCUGUACACUUGCUCGGCCAAAAACCUAGCUGGAAGGGCCAGUCAUGAAAUAAGGCUUGUCAUAAUCAUCCCGCCUAUGAUUCCCACUGGUCAGCCGGAGCUGUACGUCAUCCAGGGCUUUCAAGCCUUGUUGCCAUGUGCGGCUCAGGGGUUGCCAGAGCCCAGGAUAUCAUGGGAGAAGGACGGUAAAACAGUGCCCAACCUGCCGGGCAAAUUCACUGUGCUGAGAUCAGGGGAGCUGAUUAUUGAGAGGGCAGAGCCAGGCGACGGUGGUGUGUUCACGUGUGUGGCCACCAACACGGCAGGCAGCGUGAAACAGGACACCCGUCUGUCCGUCAACAUGAGGCCCGCCUUCAAGGAACUACCCGGGGACGUGACCCUGAACAAAGGCCAAAAUCUCAGCUUAUCCUGCCACGCCCAGGGCACUCCUACACCUGUCAUCUCCUGGACUGCUAACAACAGCCCCUACCAAGGUUUUAGUGUGGAUGAGGCUGGCAGGAGCUCCUUGGUCAUAGAGAAUGUCACCAGGGGUGAUGCAGGAACAUACGUGUGCCUGGCUGAGAACAGCGUGGGCACCAUCCGAGCACUCUCAUUUGUCCGCAUCAGAGAACCUCCAGUACUGAAGGGAGAGGCCCACACCAGCCAGAGUGUGGCCCAGGGUGGUACUGCCAUGCUGGAUUGUCCUGUCCACGGAGACCCCAGUCCUGUCGUGCGCUGGCUUCGCGAUGGCAGACCUGUCCUCCGAUCCCUUCGCUUACAGCACCUCCAUAACAGCUCGUUGGCCAUCUACAGCAUCACAAGAGUUGAUGCAGGGGAAUACCAGUGCGUUGCCGAAAGUGAGGCUGGAGUCGCUGAGAGGACCAUCUAUCUUAAAGUACAGAUUAAUGGAGGAUACUCUAACUGGGAGGAGUGGGGCUCCUGCAGCGCCACCUGUGGACGAGGGGUCCAACAGCGAAUCAGGUUGUGCAACAAUCCAGAGCCGGCUGACGGGGGACGAUCAUGUGGCGGUCCCAGUUUGGACUCCAGGGAAUGUCAAACGGGACUCUGUCCAGGGGAGGCCCCUCGUAAGGCAAGGGGGAGUCUGAUAGGGAUGGUGAAUGAGAGGGAGUUUGGGGUGUCAUUUCUGGAGGCUAACAUCACAGAUAACCUAGAGGAGAACACCAGCACUCUGCAGGCCAACUUGGACAACAUCCCCCCUAGUGUGGGUCCCUUGCUGCGCAUGCUGGUGUCUGUAUUUUCUCCCAUCUACUGGACCACAGUGCUCCAGACCGGAGCAGCCAGGAAUGGCUACUCACUGACCCAAGGCUCAUUCAGACAGGAGUCCCAGCUGGAGUUUGACACAGGGGAAAUACUUCGGUUAACCCAUGUAGCCAGAGGUCUGGACUCAGAAGGGGCUCUCCUAAUUGACAUUGUUAUCAACGGCUUCAUACCUCCAACAUUAUUGAGCUCCCAUCUCAAUCUGCAGGAGUUUGAUGAGUCAUACGUGCAAACAGGUCCGGGGCAGGUUUACUCAUGGUCAUCCCAGGCUCACCAGAGAGCGGGCAGUUCUGUGGUUCUGCGCUGUAACCACUCCAUUAUCUAUGAGGGCCAGGAGGAGCGCCAGGGGCCGUUGUUGCAACUGCUCAAGGUGUCCCAGAUGAGUGGCAUGUAUAGCGUGUUCACCCUUAGCCUGGACUUCCAGAUCACUGCAUCCCUACUCCUACCAGAUGGUGAUGGAGAAAUGUGCCCAAGAGGUUUUGUCCUGGACACAGCUUCUUAUUGUGCUGAUGAGGAUGAAUGUGCUGCAGAUUCGCCUUGCUCUCAUUCAUGCAACAAUGUGAUGGGUGGCUUCUCCUGUGCCUGUCCCUCUGGCUUCUCCAUCUCCCUAGAGAACAACACAUGCCAAGAUAUUGAUGAAUGUGCCCAGGGCUCCCACAUGUGCCACUACAACCAGCAGUGUAUGAACACAGUUGGCACAUACCGCUGCCAGGCUAAAUGUGGGCCAGGGUUCAAGCCCAGCGCCAUGGGAACCAGUUGUGAAGAUGUGGAUGAGUGCCAGGAGUCAUCUCUGUCCCCGUGUCAUCAGCAGUGCUUAAACACCCUGGGCUCUUUCCGCUGUUUCUGUAGCCCUGGAUACCAGCUCUCUGGCCACCGCUGCCUGGACAUCAACGAGUGCAAACGGAACGUGUGCCCAGCUCACCAGCAGUGCCGGAACACGGAGGGCGGGUACCAGUGCUUUGACAGCUGCCCAGCUGGCCUGAGAAUGGGAGAGAAUGGGGCCUGCGUGGAUAUCGACGAAUGCCAGGACGGGAGCCACAUGUGCCGAUACAGCCAGAUUUGUCAGAACACCAUUGGGGGGUAUAGCUGCCUGUGUCCCAGGGGUUACCGGUCCCAGGGAGUGGGCCGUCCAUGCCUGGACGUUGAUGAGUGCCAACAGACCCCGAGCCCCUGCGCCCACCAGUGCCGUAACGUGCCAGGCAGUUUCCGGUGCCUCUGCCCACCAGGCACUGUGUUACUGGGGGAUGGACGGUCCUGCGCUGGUCUGGAGAGAGGACAAGCCUUCUCGAACGGUACCUCGGUCAGAGCAAGACUGCGCCCGCAGCUGGUGUCGUCGGCGGGUAGGCCCAUACUCUCUCGGCAUCAUGGGGUGUCUCGAAUCACCAGACAGAGCUGUCCAAUAGGCUACACCAACAGAGAUGGCACAUGUGUUGAUGUGGACGAGUGCUUGCUGAGGAACCCCUGCCAACAUGAGUGCCGAAACACCAUAGGCAGUUUCCAGUGCCUUUGUCCUCAGGGCUACCAGCUCUUGUCCAAUGGCAGGAGCUGCAAAGAUAUUGACGAGUGUGCGGUACAAAACAUCCAGUGUGGACAUAACCAGAUGUGCUUCAACACUCGUGGAGGAUAUCAGUGUCUGGACACGCCCUGCCCUACUUCCUAUCACAGAGGAGGGAGUCCAGGGACAUGCUACAGACCCUGCUCUCGGGACUGUGCCUCUGGGGGAUCUCCUCUGCUGCUGCAGUACAAGCUGCUGAACCUCCCCCUGGGCAUACCGUCAAAUCACAAUGUGGUGCGCCUAUCUGCCUUCUCGGAGGCAGGUGUGUUGCAAGAGAGAACAUCCUUCGCCAUCCUGGAGCAGGGCAGUGAGGGGGGCCCAAGGGCAGGGGGACACAUGUUUGGCAUCCGGGACGAGGCAGGCAGGGGCAUCAUCUUCACCCUACGGCCCCUGCAGAGGUCCGGCCUGGUGCGUCUGAGAGUGCAGGCCACUACCCUCUCCACGCAGGGGCGCAUCACGUACCAGACCAUCUUCAUCAUAUACAUCUCCAUCUCCACAUACCCAUACUGAGCUACAGGCUACAGUUAACUAUGGCCAUGAGAGACCACAGAACCCUCCCAAGUAAACCUCUGUACAUCAGGGCCACGGCCAAGAGGCCCGCGAACACAGAGCAGGCCAGCAAGUCAAGCCAAGGGAGCGCUAACCCUGAGUAGUAUGACAAAGGAUUUCAUUUGGAUCAUUAUCUGUGGUGCGAAGUCAACUGG